GGAGUACUUACCUCACUCAAAGCAGGUGUGGAGGAGCAGGUCACCAACCAUUGGUGACAAUGGGGAAAAGAAGGAACACAUCCACCUGGGCACUGCUGUGGAUGGCAGUGUCUGCUGGAUUCAUUUCUACAGGAGCAGACAUAUCCCAGUACCCUCAGCAGAACACUGACCAGCAGUGGCAGUAUGACAACGUCCCAUCAAGCCCAAAGACAACAGUGAGCACCCAAGCAAUUACAAUCAUUCCCACAAUGACCAUAACCCCAAUCACUGCAGGUGUAAGUCCAGUACACAAUGGCCAGGUCUGCAGCACAUGGGGGAGCUACCACUUCAAGACCUUCGAUGGGGACUUCUUCCAGCUCCCCUCCACGUGCAACUUCAUCUUGACCUCAAACUGCAGGAACCCUUAUGAGGACUUCAACAUCCAGAUGAGGCGCCAAGUGGUCGAUGGGGAGCCCACAAUAAGUGCAAUCACCAUGAAGCUGGACGGGACUGUGGUGGAGCUCUCCAACGGCUUGGUUAUCGUUAAUGGAAAGACAAUCAAGCUGCCAUUUAGUAAUGCUGGAGUGCUGAUUCAGAAGACCACUUCCUACAUCAGAGUCACGUCCAAGCUGGGCUUACAAGUGAUGUGGAAUGAAGAUGACUCUUUCAUGGUGGAACUGGACACUAAAUACAAAAACACAACCUGUGGACUCUGUGGAGACUUCAAUGGUGUCCAGCUGUAUAAUGAAUUUUUUAAAAAUGAUGUAAAAAUAAGUCCUUCUGACUUUGCUAAUUUUUGGCGGAUGGAUGGGCCCACGGAAAUCUGUCAGGACAUCCAACUUGAGUUUGCUGAGGGCUGUACGGAUGAGGAACAAACUUGCCAGACACUCCUGUCCAGCUCUGCAUUGAGCAGCUGCCAGAACUUGGUCCCCACUGAUCCCUUUGUUCAGGCCUGUGUGACAGACAUGUGCCACUGUAACAACAGCAGCAACAGCUCUUUUUGUGUAUGCAACACUAUUUCGGAGUAUUCCCGCCAGUGCGUGCAUGCUGGUGGGAAACCCCAGGAAUGGAGGACCACCCAGUUCUGUGCUAAAUCAUGCCCCUUCAACAUGGAGUACAAAGAGUGCGGGAUCCCCUGUUUCGAUACCUGCUCUAACCUGGAGACAAGCCAGGUGUGUGAGGAGCACUGCACGGAUGGAUGUUUCUGCCCACAAGGCACCAUUUUUGACGACAUCUCCGGGGGUGGCUGUGUACCGGUGAAUGAUUGCCCCUGCAUAUAUGAGAAGAAGGUCUACACAUCUGGAGAGUCACACACAGACACCAGUAGGGAUUGUGAAUGCUUUGGGGGCAAGUGGAACUGUACAGACAGGACUGGUCCCUCCACCUGCUCUGUGGAGGGGGGUUCACAUGUCACCACCUACGAUGGCAAGAUGUAUACUUUCCACGGAAGCUGCAGUUUCAUACUCAGCACGCUGUGUAACGGAACAGACUUCACCGUCCUGGGGGAACUGGGCAAUUGCGGGCUGACAGACACAGAGACCAGCCUCAAGUCUGUCACUGUGGCCAUCCAAAAUGGAACCAUUGUUAUCACAGUCCAUCAAGAUAGAAAGGUGUUUGUAAAUGGAAUGGCUUCCCAGCUGCCACUUUCAACAGCUUCUUUUAUUAUGUUCAUGCCUUCCACCUUCUACAUCAUUGUCCAAACUUCUGUUGGGAUUCAGCUUGAAAUCCAGCUUGUCCCCAUCAUGCAGGUCCAUAUCACCGCCGACCUGACUUACAGCGGAAAAACCUGCGGUCUCUGUGGAAACUUUAACAAAAACCAGAAUGAUGACUUUCAGUCCCAGCAUGGGCUGGUGGAGGGAACAGCUGUGAGCUUUGUGAACACCUGGAGGAUGAAACCCAUGUGCCCAGAUGUCAAAAGUCAUUAUGAAAACCCCUGUAGCCUGAGUGUGGAGAACGAGAAAUAUGCCCAGUAUUGGUGUUCUAUGCUGUCUGAUCCAAAAGGAGUGUUUGCUCCAUGCCAUUCUGUGAUAAGACCAGAUAAAUACCAAAAAAAUUGCAUGUAUGACACCUGUAACUGUGAGAACACAGAGGACUGCAUGUGCGCUGCCAUCUCCUCAUACGUCCGUGUCUGUACAAGAGCAGGAGUAUCACUUCAAGGCUGGAGAGCCUCCAUUUGUCAAAAGUACACCAACUGUCCCAGCACUAUGACCUAUUCGUAUGACAUGACCAGCUGUCGUCGCAGCUGUCGUUCCAUCAGCGAGACUGACUACACCUGUCAGGUGAACUUCACAGCUGCGGAUGGCUGUGGCUGUCCUGAAGGGAGUUUCAUGGAUGACAGUUCAAGAUGUGUCCCAUCCACAAAGUGCUCCUGCUAUUACAAGGACUAUGUGAUUUUACCUGAACAAUCCAUCAACAUAAAUGGAGCCAUAUGUACAUGCAAACAGGGGACACUGAACUGCAUAGGAAGUCCAGAUGUGAAAACAACUUGUAACGAGCCAAUGGUUUUCUUCAACUGCUCAGAUGCUGAGUUGGGUGCUACAGGCAGUGAAUGCCAGAAGAGCUGCUUGAGUCUUGACUUAGCUUGUGUCAACAAAGGGUGUACUUCAGGCUGUGUGUGCCCCCCUAACCUGGUGUCUGAUGGCAAUGGAGGCUGUAUAGAGGAGGAGCUCUGUCCCUGCAUCCAUAAUGGAGUUCCACACCAACCUGGAGAAACCAUUCAACAUGACUGCAAUACAUGUACUUGCAAGGAGAGGAAAUGGCAGUGUACAAGUAAAAAGUGUGAUGGCACCUGCUUUGUCUAUGGAGAUGGACAUUAUUCCACUUUUGAUGGGAAGAGGUACAAUUUCAAUGGAAACAGUGAAUACAUUCUUACUCAGGACUACUGCAGCAACAGCAAUGGCACCUUCAGAGUCAUUACUGAGAACAUUCCAUGUGGCACGACUGGCACUACCUGUUCCAAAGCCAUAAAGCUUUUCUUGGGGAACAAUGAGCUUAUACUGACAGAGGGUAACUACAAAGUUGUUGAAAGAGAUUCAGGGGAAGAAGUGCCCUACAAGAUCCAUAUCAUAGGCAUUUACCUUGUCAUUGAAACUGAAAAUGGCCUCGUCCUGAUGUGGGACAGGAAAACCAGCAUUUUUAUCAAACUGAGUCCAACAUUUCAGGGCCAAAUUUGUGGCCUUUGCGGAAACUACGACGGAAAUGGAAAUAAUGACUUCACUACCAGGAGCCAAGCAGUGGUUGUGGAUCCUGUGGAAUUUGGAAACAGCUGGAAAGUCUCUCCCAGCAGUCCUGAUGCUAUGAGCACCAAAGAUCCCUGUGCCAGCAACCCAUACAGGAAGCCCUGGGCCCAGAAACAGUGCAGCAUCAUCAACAGCAACGUAUUCGCGGAUUGCCACAGUCGAGUGGACCCCAGCUCAUACUAUGAUUCCUGUAUGACAGAUACAUGUGCCUGUGACAGCGGAGGGGAUUGUGAGUGUUUCUGCACAGUAGUGGCAGCCUAUGCUCAGGCUUGUAAUGAAGCUGGUGCCUGUAUUGCCUGGAGGUCCCCCAAGAUUUGUCCUUUGUUUUGUGACUACUACAAUCUCCCUGAUAAAUGUGAGUGGCACUACCAGCCAUGUGGUGCUCCUUGCAUGAAAACAUGCAGGAAUCCAUCAGGGAAAUGCUCCAGUCACAUUCCAAAACUGGAAGGUUGCUAUCCCAAAUGCUCUUCAAAGAAGCCAUUUCUUGAUGAAGACUCAAUGGAAUGUGUGGCUGCUGAAAUGUGUGGAUGCUAUGAUAUGCAGGGGAAACAUUAUGAGACCGGAGAUACUGUUCCAUCCACAAAAAAUUGCCAAACCUGCCGUUGCUUGUCUACUGGACUGACCUGCAACUAUGAUGUGAAUGCUUGUUCCUGCGCAUACAAAGGAAACCAGUACCCAUAUGGAACCACAAUUUACCACACGACUGAUGGUGAUGGCAGCUGCAUCACUGCAGUAUGUGGAGUGAACGGGACAAUAACCAGGAGCAUGUAUCCCUGUGAGACUACUGUGAGCACAACAACAUCAACAAAGACCACAUUAUCAGCAUGGACAACGACGGCUGGAUCAACAACAAUCUUUGUGUUCUCCACACCAACUGAAACCAGCGGCCCAUCAACGACUGUUGUGUCCACCACAGUGACGGAGGAAAGUACAGCUUCAACAUCCGAAGUCUCCACAGCAACGCCGUCCACCGGUUGA